AAAAUGCAUUUUUGGGUUUAAACUAAGCUUUUUGGUUUAAAGUGAAUGUUUUGGUUGAAAUUAAAUUUUUCGGAUUAAAGUAAUUUUUGUAAAUAAAAAAUUUCAUCAAAAUCGGUUGAAAAAUGACUGAGAUAUCGCAGAUGGUCACUUUUUUGGGGUGGGUCAAAUGCAUACUUAGUAAUUUUUUCGUUGUUAGGUAUUUGCCUCACUAAGAAAAAAACUAGAUAAAACUUGGAUAAUUGCUUUAUACAUGUUAAGCAGGAGAUCUGCGGAGAUGUGCAUGCGUGACCCAGUAAAUUUAUAAAUUUGCAAAGAUUGCGAAAGCAAAUUUACUGUCAAAAUUUACUGAACCUCGCUUUAUUUUGUACAUGAAUCAAAAUUUUUUCCAAAAUUUUCAAUUUUACCAAAACCUAAGUAAAUUGAUUUUUAAUUCAGUUCACCUUCUACGCGUCGUACCACCAUUCAACGCUCAUCAAGUUGAUCCAUAUCGGCUGCGUAUGGCCAAUUAUGUGGUCAGCGUUCGUCCUGUCGGAAUAUAUUCCGCCGCAGGUGCCAUUUAUUCCGGAAAAUCCCCUCCAUCCGCCAAAUAUUACCCUGAUCACGGCUCUCUUUUAUGCCGGGGUUUACAUCAUGAUGGACAAAAAUCUUGGUGCUCUUCUAGUUUUGGUCAGUCUGGUCACCGCGCAUCGCUUUUACCUCGGCGCGCAGGCGACCUGGGGACACCCCGCGUGGCAGGUCGCGGCCGUUUUGCAUGUUCUCUGCUGGAUUGCGCAGUUUAUUGGUCAUGGCGCAUUCGAAGGGAGGGCUCCAGCCUUACUGGGUAACAUGAUGCAAGCCUUCGUGAUGGCCCCACUUUUCGUUCUGCUCGAAGUUCUGUUCUUUUUCGGGUACAGGAAAGAUUUCCAGAAAAAAAUGUGGAUUCGCGUUGAAGCCGAAAUCGCCAAGUUAAAAAAGGCCACUACUUCCGGAAAGAAGGGCAAGAAAUAGUGGGAAUUAUGUCCACGCUAAAAUCCAUAAAUUCCUAAAUGGUUUAAUUAUUUAUGUAUAAAAAGUAUUUAAAUCGUGCCAAAUUGUUCUACAUUAAUAAUUC